AUGGAUUACCAAAACCGGGCAGGCUCGAAGAAAGGUGGAGGCGGUAUCGCCUCUCAAUCACAACAGAAUGUUCAUAGGCGGAAGCAGGUUGAAGAUCUUCUGCGUGGGGGCGAAGACGUUCCAUAUACUUUCCAGCAUGACAGCGCUGACAAGGCAGAUGAUGAAGCGAAGCUGAAAAGAAACCCAUAUAUAUACAAAAAUCACUCCGGUAAACUGGUCUGUAAAUUGUGCAAUACCAUGCACAUGUCAUGGUCAAGCGUGGAGCGGCAUUUGGGCGGAAAGAAGCAUGGGUUGAAUUUGCUGAGGCGGGGCGGAAGUACAGCAGGAGCUGAUGAUGACGCACUAUCGAAGCAAGAUAGAGAGUUCCAUACCAAAGUCGAGGAGAUGCGACAACAGAUAAAACACAAUGGAGUGGUUCCAAAGGUGCAAUUCACAAAGGUAAAAGAUCCGGAAACGGAGCACAUCGGGAUAGCGGUUAGAGUAGACUAUAAGGUAGAAGGUACUGCUGCAUCAGGGGAUGAGGAAGAACCACCAUGUCUGCGGAUUUUAUCAGGGCUUGAACUUCCUGGCGCUGAGGACGACGAUAAAAAAUAUCUAGUGGUAGCGUAUGAGCCUUUUGAAAACAUUGCCAUUGAAAUACCCGACAAGGAAAUUGUAAUGAGUAAAAGGCAAUCAGCAGUUGAAUCUAUAGACGAACUGAAUGGGAGAUGCAGCUACUGGGAUAGAGAUGACAAGGCCUUUUAUGUGCAACUGUUUUUUAAGCAGUAG